AUGGAAAUGUUUUGUGCACCUCAAAACAAUGUUUUAUACUGCGACUACUACACGCCUACACCUAUACCCCGAUAUCCAUCACCAUAUUCUCAAUCAUCAUACAUGUCCAGUACAUCAAGUUAUUCGCAAUCAUCAUUUUCACCAAUGUCAUCGCCUUACACUCCACCAUCUCAGACUUCCGAGUCAUUUGCAAAGGGAAAUGAUAAUGUAUUCAAAUUUCCUUCUAUAAUUCAAGACCAAUAUAUACCUACACGUGAAGAUUUGAUAUGUGCUGCUAUAGCUAGAUCAAAAAAUUUGAUUGAAAUAGAAGAAAUUGGUCAGCGUUUGAUUUCAGUUGAUAAAAGACAUGUUAUUCAAAAUAAUGGUCAAAAAACAUUAUUGUCAACAAUUAAACAAGAACCAAAACGUGGUAGUGAGCUAUAUGUUGCAUUACCAAAAGCUUGUUUGGAAGGAUUUCUCUAUGCUAUUUUUUCACAGUUUGGAACUGUUCAUCAAAUCCGAUUAAUGAUGCAUUUCUCUGGUUCAAAUCGUGGAUAUGGUUAUGUAAUGAUGAGAAGCCCUAUGGAAGCCGAAAUUGCGCUGGCUAAACUGAAUGAGCUCACUCUUCCUGGUAUCAGAGGUCACUUAUUGGUGAGCAUGUCAACUGAUAAUCGGACAUUAUUUGCCAGAAACAUACCCAUGGAUUUAUCCGAAGAACAAUUGCAAAUAGAAUUUGAAAAACGUGUAGAAGGCGUAAAAAAAGUACGAGUUUUCAAUAACACGGAUGAUCCUAGCAAAAAUAGAGAGUUUUGUUUUGUAAUAUUCAAAGAUCAUAGGAGUGCGGCUCUAGCUCGCCGCUCGAUGGCUGAAAGUCCAUUUUUUAUAAAUGGAGUUUCAAUUAAAAUUCAAUGGGCAGAAUCUGAACCAGUAUUUCGACAUUCUGUUUUGAUAAGAAUGAAACAAUUACAUAUCAGGAACAUGAAUGUCCAUACAACAGAAGGAGAUAUAUGGAAAAUUUUGUGUGAACAUGUUACACCGAAUAAUAUUGUAUUUAUUAAGAAAAAUAAUACAUGUGCUAGAAUAAAAUUCAUUCGUCACGAAUAUGCAGAUAUUGUACGGAAAAAUCUUGAUGGUAAACGAGUUCAUGGAAUUAAUUGGAUAGUGAUGUGGGACAAAAUAGAAGGAGCAAAAUAUGAAUGUGAAGAAUAUUUUAAGCAUUUAAGUAUAUAA